AUGGGCGACGCCUUGCGUCCAGGUGAUGAUGAAUUUAGUCAGGUCCUUCAGGAGAGUCUCAAGACAUGGACUUCCUAUUUGGCUACCGAGAACAAGCAACAUCUACUCCCCCGGCAAGCCAUAAACAUGAGACCUCUCGUCAGCCAGACCCCGUCCUUCCUCGGCGAUGGAAUUGCUUCGUCUGACGAGACGAUUUCGUUCGCUUGCGAGGAGAAGGAAUCAGCACAAGGGAAAGGCAGUCUUGUCGUUAAUGGCAGAUCAACAUGGAGGACUUCUGAAGGAAUCUGUGACCUACAGGCAAAGGUCCUGCCUAAGCAACUUCUGUUGGCAGUUGGCAGUCGGUUAAAUGUGGAACUGUCUGAAGACUCUCCUCUGUCAGACUGGCCCGGAGUUCAGGGACUCUCGGGCUAUGACAAGGGAAACUAUCUAUCAGUUCUUUACUUUGCAUGGGCCUACAUAAUAUCUGCUCGAUGGGUUGAGCUGCUUGGUCGCUCUGCUGACCACGAAUGUCAUAUGGGCUACACUUCCGAUGGGAUGGAGGGCCCAUUGCCGCAGUCGGACAAUCAACCCAUGGUUGAGAUUGACAUCGGCGACGAUGCUUGUGAGGAGGAAGUCCUCUGGUGGCGGGCCAUUCUGUGUUCUAACGAUGGCUGGGAUGCAACCGUCAAGUAUAAUGGCCAAGUCUAUUUGUCACCAUGGUCGAUUUCGUCAAAGAAGAGGGGAUUUAACUUGGCGACCAAGGGCUUUUUGGGCGCCAAGUCAGAAGCCCCAUUGUCUGAGGUCGCUCUCAACUACCUUUCUCGUUUCUGUGUGCACCACCGGCUUUACGCUCAGUGCUCGGUCGCCCUUGCUGGGGUUCUCUACAUUCCAUUCCUGAGGGGGAGAACAGUAUCACUUCCGCUUCUAAGACAAGCUUCUCGGCUGGAACUAACACAGUGUGUUGGUGGCUCACCAGUUUCCAUUCCAGAUCUUCUCAUUGAGCUUAACGAAUUGCUUCCUAAGUACAUGACGUUAAGCUCCAAUACGUGGGGUUUGCGUUCUCUUCUGUGCAGCACCUUUUUCAAUCCAGUUAUUGAGUGCAACCUUGUCAGCGCCUGGCUGAAUCCGGCUUUUGCGAUUAUCGAAUCCAUCUCACCCAGAAAGAAUGAAUUAGCCGCAUUUUUGGCCAAUCGAAACCCUCUACUCGGGACCCUCUGGCUGGGUGCAAUUCUCACAGAUCUGGCAAAGACUGUCUUGCGCGACAUACGAGCGGGAAUGACGGCUUUGGAUCUUCCAGCUUCGGCCUGGGCCACAACAAUACAAACAUUUAUGACCUGUAACAUGGGGACCAGCAACGGUGAAUCGAUACGCCGCGAUGAUGAAUGCCGCCUAUUGUUCAUUACUGCCUGCGAAGGCCAUGAUCGACCUCCAAUAUGGCCUUGGAAGCCCUUUGGGGACACACAACUUUGCGACACAGACCUAACGGUCCGACAACAUGCUCAAUGUUUUCAUUGCUUAGAAUAUGAAUCUUGGGAAUGGAUAUUGGCGAAUGGCCAUACAAUCCAGGAUUUCGGGAAAGAUAAUAUCAAGACCCCUAGCCAAACAGCGCAUCACCCCCCAACAUCACAUAUGCUGCACUGA